AUGAGAACCAGAGUGGAGGAGAGCUGGCUCACUUCUUUUUUUUUUUUGCUUGAUUUGCCUAUAGAAAAGGAACCGGCUAUUCGGGUCCAACAGGGCCACUUGAUGGCACGGCUCUGGGGAAGUUCCUUUUUUUUGUUACGAAAACAUAGUAGAAAUACAAUACUAAUCGGCCGUCUGAUCCUCUUCAUUCCGUUAAAAUUUGUAAUGGGAUUAUCUCUAUCUUGGAUAUCUAUGUGGCAUCUUUUGAUUUUUGUGUGUAUCUCGAAGGCACCUUUAGAGACGAUAGAAAAUCAUCUGCGUGACUUAACGUCUGAGAAAAUGUGCAGGCAUAAAGUGACACAAAAAUGCGAAUUGACAUAUCUAAAAAAAAUUUCUGAAGUUAAAAAUAAUACAAGCUUAAUGUUGGGGUUUUUGUGGCAAAUCGGUUUCCUAAUUAGGAAAAGAAUCCGUGAACGAGCCUCGAGUGAAGAGUUAGCUUUUGCUAACAGUUCGAUAUGUACGCGUGAUUCUCAAGCAACAUUUCUCUUGAUUUUCAAUAACGAUCUCGGCUCUUCCGGACAGGUAUGUCCUAUGCAUAAACGUUUCCUUUUCUUUCUCCGAUUACUAGUGCUGUCACAUAAAUAA